GCUUUCGGCGAGGAGAGGCGAGGCGGAGGCGGCGGCGGAGGCAGCAGCAGCAGCACCUUUGACGUGCCCGUCCCCCACGUGACGGCCGCUCCACUGCGGGGCGGGCGCUGCGCUGCCGCUGCUCCGGCAGAGCAGAGAGAGGGAGCCGCAGCCCCGGCUGUGUGUGCGUGCGUGAGUGUGUGCGUGUGAGCGCGUGUGUGUGCCCGCGUGUGAUGAACGAACGCCGCCGCGUCCCCCCGCCCGCUGCCGGCUGACGCCGCCCGCGCGGGGCGCGCCCGGAGCCGCAGGAGUGACCUUGGCCCGCCAGCACAACAAAAGCAGAUCAAAUCUGUGGGACAUGGCACAAGGAAAUAAUUACGGGCAAAGCAGCAACGGGGUGGCUGAUGAAUCCCCAAACAUGCUGGUGUACAGAAAGAUGGAAGAUGUCAUAGCCCGCAUGCAAGAUGAGAAAAAUGGGAUUCCUAUUCGUACAGUCAAAAGUUUUCUUUCCAAGAUCCCCAGUGUCUUUUCUGGUUCAGACAUUGUUCAGUGGUUGACGAAGAACUUAUCUAUAGAAGAUCCAGUGGAAGCUCUACAUUUGGGAACACUGAUGGCAGCACAUGGCUAUUUUUUUCCAAUCUCAGACCAUGUUCUAACACUAAAGGAUGAUGGCACCUUUUAUCGAUUCCAGACACCCUAUUUUUGGCCAUCAAAUUGUUGGGAGCCGGAAAACACAGACUAUGCGGUUUAUCUCUGCAAGCGGACAAUGCAAAACAAAGCAAGGCUAGAGCUAGCAGACUAUGAAGCUGAGAGUUUGGCCAGGCUACAGCGAGCAUUUGCUCGAAAGUGGGAGUUUAUUUUUAUGCAAGCUGAAGCACAAGCAAAAGUAGACAAGAAGAGAGACAAGAUAGAGCGGAAGAUUCUUGACAGCCAGGAGCGAGCAUUCUGGGACGUGCACCGGCCGGUGCCUGGAUGCGUAAACACUACUGAAGUGGAUAUAAAAAAGUCUUCAAGAAUGAGAAAUCCACAUAAAACAAGAAAGUCUGUCUAUGGCUUACAAAAUGACAUCCGAAGUCACAGCCCUACUCACAUGCCAGUACCAGAGACUAAGCCACCCACAGAAGAUGAACUACACCAAGAGAUUAAGCACUGGCAAAUGCAAUUAGACAGACAUCGAUUAAAAAUGUCCAAAGUUGCAGAGAGUCUAUUAGCUUAUACAGAGCAGUAUUUGGAGUAUGAUCCUUUUCUUGUGCCCCCUGAUCCCUCAAACCCUUGGAUAUCAGAUGAUACCACUUUCUGGGAACUAGAGGCAAGCAAAGAGCCUGGACAGCAGAGGGUGAAGCGAUGGGGUUUUGGCAUGGAUGAAGCUUUGAAAGACCCUGUGGGAAGAGAGCAGUUUCUCAAGUUCCUGGAGUCAGAAUUCAGUUCAGAAAAUUUAAGGUUCUGGUUAGCGGUAGAAGACCUGAAGAAGAGGCCUAUCCGUGAAGUUCCUGCUCGUGUCCAAGAAAUCUGGCAAGAAUUUCUUGCUCCAGGUGCACCAAGCGCCAUCAAUCUAGAUUCAAAAAGUUAUGACAAAACCACGCAGAAUGUAAAGGACCCUGGAAGAUACACGUUUGAAGAUGCUCAGGAGCACAUUUACAAACUGAUGAAAAGUGAUUCUUAUCCUCGUUUUAUACGAUCCAGUGCCUACCAGGAGCUGCUACAGGCCAAGAAAAAGUUGGAAAACACACUGGAUCGUCGAACAUCUUUUGAGAAAUUCACACGCAAUGUGGGCAGAAACAUCCCUAUUUUCCCAUGCCAUAAAAACUGUACACCAACACUGAGGGCGAGCACUAACCUGUUAUGAAAAGAGGUAGAAAGAUCUUGGAUUAUACUCAAGUUUGUCUGCAUUGUCUGUUGAAUUGUGCAGUUGAUGCUGCUGUGUGUGCGUGUGCGUCUGUGGCUUUUUCUGUGACCUGGUUAGUGGAGCUGUGUGCGUUGAAAUGAAAAAUAUUAGAGCUUUCAGCAAAGAUCAUGGUUUUUGUUUUUUAGUUUCUAGGGAAGGAGAAGCAGUUCUCAGGAACUGCGUCCCAUAUAAUGGGGCUUAAGAGUAUUUCCUCAAGUAUUUAAAUUAUAUAUAUACUUUCCAGUAAUCAGAACAAGAAACAAAUGCAGUGAAAGAACAAAGUUUUGUGAGGCUGUUGGAAUAUCUCACAUGUUAAAACAAAACUGUAAUCCUUUAACUACUUACUUAUAGGUAAAGGCUUCCUGUAAUAUGCUUUGAAUCCACUGUAAUCAGGAACAAAUCUUAAUUCAAUGUGACAAAGUCAGUAAAAGACUGAAAAAUAAACAGCCACAAAGGAAACUAUCCCAACGUUUGAAACAAAAACCCCAAUUUUUUGCAUGGUGGUGUUGCCAUAGCAUGUUGCAGUGUGAUUUGUGUGUUGUCUAAAUAGGUUGAUCUAUAAAACAACAUUAUACAUGACAACGUUAUAAAUGAUAAUUCUACUUUCUUCCAUGGAGGUGUUUAACAGGAAGUUCCAUAGUAAUAAUGAGCCUAUGUCAAUGAAAGAGAGCACAGAAAGUAAAGCAGUACAUCUGGGACCUCUGAGAGCCAGGGUUUUCCCAGCCAUCAUGCGUGGCAAGCUACAAUAAGUAGGUUUGGAGUUUAAGCAGCCAACAGACCAGGAAUUGGUUAUGGUAAAAAGUAUGUAAACAGGUGGCUGUUAGGAGAGAAAUAGCAAGCUGCAGGCAGAUGUAAGGAAAAUACAACACACACACACACACACACACACACACAAAAUAAAAAAAAAAAAAGAAAGAAAAAAAAAAGUGAAGACAGAACAGGAAACACUGAGAUUUCUCUUACUAAGUUUGCUCCCUCUCGGAGCAGUGCUGCUGAUAAACCAGCAGUUCUGUGCACCAGCACUAGACACCAGCGUUGUGCUCUGCAGGCAUGCCUGACGUUCAGCAGCUAAUCCCAGGGCAGAAGUACCAGAACAGCAGGAUGCCAGAGAUGUAAGUCAGGCCCAACAAAGAAGCUGUGAGAUAGAGAUGGGAAUGAAGUUUUCUGAACAUGAAGCAUUGGUACUUCUUCAGGAGAAGAGGAUGAUUAAUUUGUCAUGGUGCAAGCUAGAAGAUAAAAACUGUGGGUUUGCUUUUCCUGAAACUGCUACCCUAUCAAUGUGGGGGGAGUCUGUCAAGUCAGAUCAGCUACAAAAGUAAAACAUGUCACUGCAAAACAUAUAUUCUUGAUUAUAUCAGCAGCUCUGAGGCUUGCAAAUUACUCCAGAAUGUCAGGAUCCUCAAGUGUAAACCUUUUCCCUGAGAGGACUGAGUUUGCAUCCCCCCCCAGCCCAGAACCCCUUGCCAUCAGGAAUCCUUGUUCUUCCAUUCUUGUUCUCAGUUAUGAUGAAUUUGUAUGUAAUUAUGUACCUCAGUACAGUGGUUCCAACAUGCAAGAAUGAGGGAAACGUUUCUCAGAAUAUCCUACAACGUACUGAUUAACGUGUUCAACUGCAAAGAGAGAGACUGCGGUAUAGAUUUGUUCUUCUGAUCGAUACAGAAAAUAGAUCUGAAACGGGUCUUCUACACCCAAGGCCAAUGCUGUGCUCUCCGAAUGAUUUAGAAAGAAGUAAAUGUUAUUUUCCCUUCUCCUCUGAUGUUUUAGAAAAUUAAGAUUAAUUUUCAUUGUUAUUUUUUCUUAAUUACAUCCAAGUGACUUUCUAUUGAUUAAAUUAGACCUCGUUUUUUUCAAUUUGAAAUAUUUUACAAACAAACAAACAAAAAACAACAACAACACAGUAACUUCAGUUGUGUCUAGGGACUGAACCUGAGAGGAUGACCUUGUAAUUCAUAACCUGAGUUGUUAAGCUGGAGACUCUAGGAGAUUCCUGAAUCUUUCAUUCGACAGAUCAGUGACUGAAAGUGGAUUAUACUUGCUACAGAAAACAUUUGCUAAACUAGCAAGAUUAUAAACUUUGUAAGGGCAAUCCCUCUGUAUCAUACAUUAAAUUAAAUGGAAAUCACCUAGGAUAAUCAGUCAUUAUCUUAGUUUGGUGGGGAAAAAUUAAAAGUGGAGCUAUGUACACAUGAAAAACUAGGCUCUACAGUUCUUUGACAUUUUGGAGUUUUCUUUCCAGAAAACUUUCAAUAAUUCAGUGCACUUUAUGAAAGCCCUAAAUGCACAACUAAGAGCAUCAGAUAUUUAGCUUGCACUGUAAAUUUUAUAGUGCAAAAUUGUUAAUGCUUUUGGCAGUCUGCAACAGACUAUAUGUAUAGUGUUAGAAACACACCUGCAUGCAUGUACAAUAUAGGUAAAAUAAUAGCAAACUGGCAUUUGCCAUAUGUAACAUUUAUUACUGAACACUCAGUCUGCCUCUGAGUAGUAAACACAGCUGUUCUUGGUGUGCCUCCUUUAUUCAUAGUCCCAGGUACGGUGUGAUAAUAUAAUGCACACAAACUUCGUGCUGCUGGCAUGAUGCCAUUGGAUAGGUGCAUAGUCUGGAAUACCUUCUGCACCCAGAAAUGUCCCAGCAAAGUGAGUGACGGUGUGCCCCAGGCUCCCCACUGGCCUGCUCAGUCCCUUGGCUUUCCAUUUGGGAAUAACUAAGAUCUAGUCACCUGCAGAUCCCCGAGGAGGUGAGUAGCAAAGUUAAAGGCAUAAGCCAGGGAGCAGGAAAAUCUCAUUGCUUGCCACAGUACAAGAGAGGGAGAAAUCAGCUGUUUCUGUGGCAUUUAAAAAAUGAAAUUUUUUAGAGGACUUUAAAUGAGGAAAAAAUCAGUAUUAAAAAAAAAAAGUCAGAAAACUCCCUCUACCUCAAGUAACAGCAUCUGCACUGCAAAGAAAAACGAGUGAAGGAAGCACUGAUAACAUUGAUGGGAGCAAAGAAGUCCUAUAAGGAAGACUUUUGGCUUCAAUUUCUCAUGUGCACUGGCAUUUGUGACAUUGGCAGACUGGUAGUCUGAGCAAGCCUGCCUGAUGCUUAGCUGUGAUCACUGAUCUGGAAACCCGAAACAAAGGCAUCACAUUUACAGAGUAGCCUCACUUAAUUGCCACCGCAUACACAUUUUCUUGUCUCAGCAGUAACCAAGCUGGCAGGGCAAGGUGCAGUCUCCUCCUCAGAGCCUCCUUGGGGGAGAUACUCCAUCACCAUGUGUGGGUAUCGCAGCUUCAGAUGCCACCGUCAGUGUUAGAGUUUCAUCUGUUGCUGCCUAAUUGUAGAGAAGGUGAAGAAAUGGGCUUGUUACAAGUUCGUGGUGUUUUAUGAAAGAUACAGCCAGUGCAAGACUGACCAAACUCAGUUCAUAUAUUAAGUCAGAGAGCCAUCAGAUGAUGAUUAUCUUCACUCAUAACCUCAAAAACAAGACUGUGUUUAAUAACACCGAGUUUAAAACCUUUAUAUGUUACAUUACCCAUGCACUUUCCAGCAGUCCCACUUAGCUGUAAGAACUUACUUACCAGUGUCCUUUGAUGUUUUCUCCCUCCAAACCAGUAACAUUAGUCCAUUUCAUGCAUGAGAUGAGAAAUGUGAAGUCUCUUGAACACGGCACAUUUUCAUAGUGCCUUAGUCCAGUGUCACUUAACAUGCCAUAGUGAAUUAUGGUCUAGUGAUGGAAAUUAAAACUCUCUAAAAUAGCUUCCUCAUUUUUUGUCAGUGGGGAAUAGACUUUAUAGAUGCUUAAACUGAUUUAACCUCUUGACAUGUUAAAAUAUGUCCCUUUACUGAGAAACAAUGAAGAUAUCCAUUUCACAUUAAUCAAGAAAUGUUUCUUUAUGAACAAUUAAAACUUGUUGCAUACCUGAGAGCUCUACCAUGACAGAUCAGAAGUCCAUGUAGCCCUGAAAUCCAAACAAAGGCUAUAUUUUCUGGAGCAUAACAUUGUGAACAAACUUUAAUGCAAUACAAUCUGUAAGAUCUUAUAUUCAAUGUGCAAUCAUGGAAGAUUUCCUAAUUAGACUAUUGAAAUUUGCUUACUGGUUAUUCCUAAAAAUUAAAAAAAAAAAAAAAGUCAGAAAAAAUCACAAAGAUUCUUGUUUGAAAAAUACAAAACAGUAGUAAAAAUAAUAAGCACUCAUAGGAAUGAAGCCUUUUCCCUUUUCAGUUAAGAGAUGGCUUAUCUAAUGUUUGACUAAAAAGAACUGACGUAAUAAUUGAAAUUUUUAGUUUGGACCAAUAAUUAGUCCAAAAAUCUAGUGAUAGGCUGUCCUUGAGUAAUGAUACUCAGCUUAAUGAGGAAAAUCAACAGGAGCAUCUAUAUGAGAUGCCAGUAAAUGCUGGCCUCCUUGUCCUGCUCUGCAACGACAAGUGGUGCUGCUCUGCUUUGUCCUGGAAAGCUUUGGGCAGCCAUGUGGUACUGGCAUGGCCAGCUCUGUCUCUGGUAGGAGCCAGCUAUUAGACCAGUGACUGCCAUUUCCCAGCUAGCAAACAUUUACCUGUGUCCUAAACUACUGCAAGAAUGGGAACUGCAGAGUGGUACUGAAAUCUGAGGCAUCAUGCCUAAGACAAACACAUACUAAGUAUUUGUCCAGUGCAUUGGCACCUUGGAAAAUGUUAGGUUUUACCCCAUCCUUCUAAUGUUUUUUCAAGAUAAAACUGCCUCAUCUGGCAAGAGCUUGUAGGUUAAUCACACAUGAGAGCAGCUCAUCAGUAAAUGCGAAUAUUAGUGGGAAAGGAAAAAGAAAGGAAGAGGGAGCAUCAUCCAGCUUAGAAUGAGUAAAAUCAGGAAUAUGCACUUGCUCAGCCAAUGCCUCUUGUCUACGGUCUGCUCCAAGACAGGGAACAGCCCCAGUGAGAAAUGAGGAGAGGACUGCAACUCCACACAGUAAGCAGGAGGAUUUUGCACGUGCAACCACUUAGCAUUGCAGCUGUUGUGAGAAGUCAUCCCCUAAAUUCAGUAAAUGCUACCUUCCUCCUCUUCAGCACCUUUCUGAAAGAGAAAUACACCCGUGGGGCUGGGUGAGAGCAGCCUCCCAUGCUGCUGUGGUAAUUGAAGAAAAAUCCCGACCCCAUGGGCAACGCUAAAGCCUGUUAGAGAAGUGAGGGCUGGCUAAAUACUGACCUGACUUAGUUUCUGUUCCUGUGCCUCUCCAGAUGUGCUUCUGCCAGAAGCUGUUUAUACCAGCUCUGUGCAUAGCACUGGGAAAGUCACCUGGGAUUUUUGUCUGCUGAUGCUGGCUAAGGUGCUGGCACGCUGCAGCUGUGCCGCGUGAGUGGAUGGGGAAUGGUGAGAGCAAGGAGGGUUGAUCCAAGCUCAGUGUCUCGUUUUGCUCCUAGAAGGGUUCAUGCUGUUCUCCCUUUCCCAGUUGAAUGAAUGGAGUUCCCUUUCCAGUUCUACCAACAUCUGUACUAGGGACCAAAAAGAAACAUGAAAAAAGAGCCACUGAGGCUGCUUAGCCGAAAAGAAGAGAAUUAGAAAAUUAAUCUUCUAAUCUUCAUACAUUUCAGCUCUGUCCCCUGUAUAAAUUUCAUAUUGAUUUCUUAUAAGCCACAUAUGUAUUGGGGUUGUUGCUGACUUGUUUGUCUGAUUACUUGAGGUGUUAGUGUCAGUCAGCACAUUUGUACGUAGCAGCUCAUAAAUCAUCACAUUUUUGGAGUUCCCGCCCCUCCGCCCCCCCCCCCCCCCCCCCCCCCCAAAUCUCUAAAAGUACAGUUGGAAGGACAAGUCUGCAUUAAAAACAUUAAUACAUUAAGGUAGCGACACGAACACUGAGACCAAUUGAUUUCGUAUUCAUCAAUGUACUUGUUUACUCCAGCUGCUCUGCUGCCUCCUUGUACUCUGACUCCCUUGUCAGGGUAUGUGUGCAGGGUUUCAUUGAUGCUGGUGUAUUAUAAUAAAAUUGUUAAAUAGUUUCAAUUCAUUUGGCUAAACUGUAUCUAUACACGCAAAAAUUCUACUCUUCUUUAAAAUUUGGGCAUAUACUUCUACAUGUCAAUAGCAAGAACAUAUUAAAAUGUUAAAUUAAUAUUAAAUUAAUAUUAAAUAUGUAUCUUCUAAUUAUUUAGAUGAGCAUCUACUACUUCUUCUGAACUUGUUUUCAAUUUUUCUUUAGCCUUAUUAGUACAGGAAACAUCUUCCUGUGUGUGAUUAGUCAUAUGCUAUACCUCUCAAAACUGGCCUGUUUGAUGUAGUUGAACAAAUACAAAAUUUGGCUUAUGGAAAGUUAUUAACAUUGUAUCCAAAAGAAAUAGUUAGGCUCAACCCUGAAAUUAAGACUCACAAGAGAUGAUCCUUACAUCAGACUGUAAACUGCAUAUCUCUUAGACGUGAUAAUUAUGAAACCCAACCAUACAGAGCUAAAGAAUCAGGUUUUAUUUUAAACGUGUAUGCUGGAACAGAGUUUGGAGGAGAUUGCCUGUAAACUGGAAAUAACAAAUGCCUAUAGAACUGCAAAAGAAGAUGGGACACUUCUCUAUUUAGGGCUGCUAUGGAUUCUAUGCCUUUAAAGCUUAUUUUUCCAGUCAGAGGACUAAAUGGGAUUCAGAAUAAAAAUUGAAGGAGAUCUCUUAAGGAAGGCAUGUUGUCUAAGUUGUCACUUUUCCACCUAUAAUUUUGAAUUAUUAAUACCUGGAGAAAUGUUGUUCAGGUGGACACCUAUCUUUUAAGGAGUGUAAUAUUCUCUGGGCAGAGAAGGGAGGUGGAGGAAAGGACCAACCAAAUCAGAAAUCCUGAUCACUGUUGGGCUUAGGGGAAAAGUAUCCAAAAACCAUCAGCUUACUGUGGCGAGCAAUAUCCAUGGUGGAAGUGAUGCAGAAUACCUAAAAAAAAAAAAAAAAAUUGUUAUGAUAUCAUUAUGUGUCUAUAGGGGAAAUUUCAAUACAUUGAAUCAGAUUAUCAAGUCAGGUCAACUAAUUAACCAAUAGUUUUUUACCAUCUUUUAGAUUAAAAACUCCUACUUUAUGUAAUAUCACAGUUCAUUCCUGACAUGCUAGAAUGUGGUUAUGGUUCAUCUUAAAAGUUCCAUGGAAUUACAACUCCUAAAUAAUCAGUCGUUGCAGAUAAAAAUGUAAAAUUAAUUCAGAGACUUUAUCCCAUGAUAAAAGCUUGUGCAGCUUUCCAGUGCAUCAUUGAGUGAAUUGCGUUAAUAACUAAUAGAAACCUCCAGGAAGGGAAUUAUUAGACAGUUCAGUACUCAAUGGAACUCAUACAUAUUUGCAGAAAGUAGCCGAGCUUGUAGGCUAAGAAACUAAUAUGCCAAGAAACUGAAUUUAAUGUAGGUAAAAAUUCAUAGAGGUAGAGCCAGACACAGGGAGCAGACCAUGCCAGGAAGGAGACAUCUUUCAAAGAAGUAAGUAGUAUUAUUGUCAGGUGAUAUGGUGAACUUGAUAGAUGAGCAGUCUAAUCCAACAUCGCAGACCAUGAUUUCCCUUCAAAAUUAUAUUGUAGGGGAAAAAUUCAUCCUCAUUUGUUUGACUUUUAUUUCAGAGCACAAAGAAUAAAAUAUCUAUUCUUCUUUUUGUCAAGACCCAUUCUGAUAUAUUGCAUUUGAGCGGAUGUUCAAAACCAACUUGCAUAUCCCUUUGAACAUAAAAUUAAUUGGUAAGGAAAAUAGAUAUUAAAUUGUGUAAUUCCACUGAGUUACAAUACAACAGAUGACUUAACAACUCAUUGAUAUGGCAGAAUAAGUUCAUUUACCAUUUACUGCAGAUGUAGCAUCCCUUCACAUAUUUCUUAUGGUAGUCUUGAAGUCAGUUUGAUUUUACUGAGUUGUUCACUUAAGAUAAACAAUACAAUAAAUGUAAAUAUUAAAUAUCCUUUGACUAUAAUGUUAGACAGAGCCAUUUGCUGUUUAAUAUUUUAUUAUCUAUUUAUGGUACACUAUCAGGGUAUGCCUGUGGUAUUUUGAGGAGUGGUGUAAGCUUGCUGAACCAGCUCUGCCUCUGCUGAAUUGAAGCCACAGUAGGGUGGCCCUAAGAGACACUUAUGUGGUUUCAUGGCUUUUGUCUGGCUCAGCUAAAGCUCAAAUCUGCCUGAAAUACACCAUGACAACAUAACCUAUGCUAUCCUUUCCACACUGUAGAGCUAACUCUUGUGGGACAGUCAUUAUACCUCAUUAAAAGAACUUGCUAAAAAACUGAAACUGCAUGCUUGCAACAGGAGGGUGAGGAAAAAGACAGUGGAAAUCCAAACACCUUCUAAGCAGUGAUAUAUAGUCCCAUGUAAUAUACCUGAUCAAUGGUCCUUAUAAACAGUAAACGCAGUCUCAGCAAAUGUAUAGCUGAGUUCGUGGAAAAGCUGCUUUCCUGCCUGUAUGCAAUCUGCCUCUUAUUUCCUUACCUGAGCUUUAAAGGAGCUUUUUAACAUCUGUGACAGAGCUACUGCAGUGUGCACAUUCAUCUUUGUAGCAUAAGGUACCCUCACUUGUGGUAGCCAUCUUGAAGUUCUGGGAGUGACCAACAGCAAAGCCUUCAGCAGUCGUCUCUUAGCAGCCAAACUCAAUCUCACUCAAAAAUGGCCUUUGAAUUUGUGGAUUAUUCUGUGAAACAACUUGGCUGGCUGGCAGUGCAGGUGUGCAAGCAUAAGGGCUUCCUAUGGUUUAAGAUUUGACAGACUCCAGUUGGUUCCCCUAGUUAUUUGACAGUGAUGUGGCAACACUAAGUGGUUGCUGAUGAACAGGUUUGCAGUGAUCAUGCCUCUGUUUUCUGUUUUUGUUUUUUGUUUUUAUCUUUUCCUCAGGGGAAAUCGCUCACAUCAAAGAGGUUAACCAGUCUAGUGCAGUCCUACUAAAAGGAUCACCUUGUAGCAUGGAAGCAGACUCAAAUCAUUAUACAUACUUUGUAGCUCACUGAUUGCCUGAAUCAGAGGACAGUAGAACAAGAUGUUGCAUGAGCAAGGACCUGACUUGUUUUCUUUUGUGUAUACUAAGGCAUUACAGACUCCGAGGGACUCUCUAGCCUUUCGAUGCCUCCAUUUCGAAAACUGUCUGCUCACUUCCUCCUUCAUAUCCAGCUGGAUCUGUGUCUUUUUAUUUUCUGCAAGCUCAAGUACAGUGAAAAAAAAGCUUCUGCUAGGCACAGUUUAUUAAAAAAAAAAAAAAAUACGUCAAUCAAAAACUGGAAGAAAUGUAAAAAAUGCAUAUAUUAAUAAAUAUACAUAUGGCAUCACAUUUAUUGCACAACGAAUUAGCACAGAAGGUUUCAUUUCACUGAUGUAUUCACAUUGAGAAAGAAAGCCUGUGUCUUUGUCUGUUGUCUGUAUAUUCUCUGUUAAUGUUUCUUGCAUUUAUUUUUAUACCAUAUUUAAAAAAGAACACCUUUUACUCCAGAUGUAUUAAAGUUGAUCCUUUCUCUGUAAAUUUGUGUAUGUUUAUAUUGUUGUUUUAUCUUUCAUUAAAAGAUGCAGAAUCUCUUUCCUUUGGGAAGUUUGAGAUUUUAAUAUUGAAUCUGAAGAUUAGUCAAGAGCAAAAUCAUUCCUAAAAGUUACCUACCUUGUGCUUUCCAAAAAGUGACAUGAAAUGGCAUUUUCUUUCUCUCAGUGACACCUAAACAAACACACUUUAUUGAUAAUCAUUUACUCUUUAUUUUCUUUUUAUCAAGCUAGCUGCAGUGAGACCUUUCCAGCUUGCUCAUCAUCACAUAAGCAAACCUUUCUUUAAGCUAGACCAGGUCUGUAAGAGCGCAGCCUGUACAGUGUACUCAGUGAUUCAGUUGCUGCCCAAGAGCAGAUGAAGUGAAGUGCAUUUUCUUAGGAAUGGCCUUGAACAAAUCUGGCUGAAACCAUGAGUGUGUAUUUGCUAAAUAAGACGCUGUUUCUUUCUCCUUGCUGUCAUGUGUCAAUGCAACAUUUUAAGCUGAAAAGGCAGUGGUUUGGGAGUGCUGAGAAUAGAGUGCAAACCUUGGGUAGUAAAUGUAGGAACUUGCAAUUUUAAUUCAGGGGCUCAGUUGAAGUGUGCUGUUGUAUGUCUAAUACUGAGGUUACUCACAAAGACCUACUCAUAGGUUUACAAGAGUGUGUAGCUGUUGUCCUUGAGACAACAGAUGUGGGGCCUUCUGAAGCUAAAUUGAGCUGGAACCAGAAAACCUGUGCUUGGCAGAAGAAAAGCAGUACUUCUGACUGAUACAGAUGACGUAAAGAUAGUGGCAGAAUCUCUGAGCACAAAAGUAUGGUGUAAGCUAAGUCAAAUUGCAAGUACCUCCAGGGCAUUAUAGGAUGCAUAGGACAAACAUGCUGAAAGAGCCUUCUUAGCAGCGCACAGGAGAAACUCAGGACAGCCAGAGCUGGUACCAUCUGUGGUACUGACUUUUGUGUGACAUUGGAAAAGAGGAACCUUGUUUCAAAGGGACUACCAAACCUAAAAAUGCUCCCCACCCCCAUUCCUGACACGAAGUGGGAUAGUCAUAGACACAAUCGGGCAAUAAAUUUGAAUACAUUGGUGCUCGAGUCAACUCAGUUAACACCAGCUGCCUACCUGUGUUGCUGCCACUGGGAACAGGGCUGCUGAGCUGCUGUAACCCUGACUGCAGCAUCUCUAGAGGGACGGUCUGAACAAACCCAGAACCAAACACAUUGUACAUCACCGUGAAUGGCUGUUCCCUUGGUUUUUGUUCAGCUGAAUUUUCUGGGGAGGUGGGAUUUUUUUUUUGUUCUUUGUUUGCACAUGCUGCUAUGUUUCUGGUUUCUAACUAGGAUAAUAAUCGCUGCGUUAAGGUGUCACAGUUUCUGUCAGCAUGAUUCUUCUGAGCUGAAUUUUAUCACAGAACACUGGAAAUGCCCAUGAGAGCUUGAUUUUAUUAAGAGCUCCAUCUAGGUCAAGUCAAAAUAUUCACAGUCUAGGGAGGCCAGAUGAAUUCUAAUAAAUAGCCACACUGAACCCCAGAUCUUAAACUCUGAGAUUUAAUUUUCCUUUACCACAGCAAUGUGAGCUCUGGGGCAUGAACUUGGGUCCAAGAAAUCCACAGAAAUUUGAGCUCUGUUUCACUUCUCAGUGCCAAAUGGAGAUAUUUAUUUCCAAACUCCUGCUGCCACCAAUUGCAUCAGCUGGUAUAUUGCUGCUUUUCCUUAGGAUUUAACUAAUUAGAUACCAGCAGCUGCUUUGAAGAAUCAUUGCCUUCAAAUAAGGAAUGUUUCAAAUUCAUGUGUUAGAUAAUCAUUGAACUUUACCCUAAGGAAAUUACUUUUUUUUUUUUUUUUUUUCUUUUUAAAUCACUUUGCAACACUUACCAGCCAAUAAAAAUAUCUGAAGUAUUUGUAUUCCUGAACCCAUUUUGUACUCAUUCUAGUUCUUCUUUUGUUUCAAUACAUACAAAGCCUGUAUUGAAUGGCUGUCUUUUCCUGUGUUUGUGCAGGAUCUAACACAAUGUCUGUAAAGUAAAAAUGCGUAUUACAGUAAG